CAAGUUUGGAGAGCGUGUUGAGUUUAAUCAAUUCAGAACGUCGAGAUGGAGCCCAACUCACCGAAGUGGGUAGGCUCUUCUUGCGGUUUACACGGACCAUAUAUAUUCUACAAGGCGUUUAAAUUUCACCGGGACGGUAAACCAAGAAUUCUGUCCCUCGGAGACUUUUUCUUCGUGAGAUGUAAGCCUGGGGAUCCGAUUUGCAUAGCGGAGCUACAGCUGUUGUGGGAGGAAAGGACUACUAAGCAACUUUUAUCAAGCUCAAAACUUUAUUUCUUACCCGAAGAUACUCCCUCGGGAAGGACAGUUAGCCAUGGAGAGCAUGAGGUCAUUGCUGUGUCAGAGAAGGUGAUUGUUCGGUUGGAGGACCUGGUGAAGUGGACAGUCCCAGAGUUUUCGGAAUGGUCCCACGGGCUGCGGGCAGCGCCUCUGAAGCCCUCUGUCCUGAGGGAGCUGGGCACCAACGGACACAGAGAGGCCCUCCACAGAUACAGGGAGAGCACCUUCACCAGCGGCCUCAACUUCAGAGACAUCCAAAGGGAGAGGUCUCAACUGGGUCAGGAAGAUGACGGCAAGAAAGUGCUGGUGAUGAGCUACCCCCAGUACUGUCGUUACCGCUCGGUCCUGGCCCGGCUCAGAGAGCAGCCGUCUGCCCUGCUGACGGACCACACCGUGCUGGCUUUGGGCGGCAUCGCCUCCCAACACGACACUACACGCAUCCUCUACUGCAGGGACACCUUCGAACACCCCACCCUGCUGCAGAAUGAGAGUGUCUGCGAAGAGUUCGCCCCUAACCUGAAGGGUCGGCCACGGAAGAAGAAACUGUCAGUGUCCCAGCGAAGGGACUCCCAGGGCCACAGUCAGGGGCCUCAGGGACCCCAAGAACCCAGCACCCCAGAGAACAAGUCUCACACCAAGGUAAAACCUAACUGCAAGUUGACGGUUCCCACCAGGGGCACAAUGGCGAAACCCAGGAUCUGUAAACAGGCAUCUGUGGAGGAGAAGGUGGAGAGGGAGAAGAAGGAGGAGAAAGAAGAGGACGAGGAAUCAUCAAAGGAGAGUGGUGCAGACGAGCAGGCCUUCCUAGUAGCCCUAUACAAGUACAUGAAAGACAGGGACACACCUAUCGAUAGGAUCCCCUUCCUGGGAUUUAAGCAGAUUAACCUUUGGACUAUGUUUCAAGCUGCUCAGAAACUCGGAGGAUAUGAGUUGAUCACAGUUCGCAGACAGUGGAAAAAUGUAUAUGAUGAGCUGGGUGGAAACCCAGGGAGCACAAGUGCCGCCACAUGCACACGAAGACACUACGAGAGGCUCCUCCUACCCUAUGAGAGGUACACCAAAGGAGAGAAGGACAAACCCCUCCCCUCAGCCAAACCCAAAAAACAGGAGCAUGGGGCCCAAGAGGGGGGUGCCAAACCCAAAGGGGUCACAGCGAAACGACCUAAAGGUGGACUAAACCAGAGACAGGUGGCCAGGAAGGAGAGAGAGAGCGACGACGCAGCAAAAAGCCAGGAGCUCUCACAGGUGUCUGAGGAGAAAGAGGAGAACCAGGAGCCUGCAGUGAUGAAGCAGGGUCCUCUUUCCAUAAAGGAGCCUGAAGAAGAGUUACAACACACCCUGAAGAAAGAGGAGACAUUGAGCCAGGAGGAAGUGUCCUGCCUGAAUCCCCCCAACACAGACUGCCACCGAGCCACACCUGUGCUCCACAGUGAUCUGUGUCCACAGCCCGAGUGGAGACAUCCCAGCCAGCCACAAUCAGACACAUUCAACCCUGAGCAAAGGGACCAAGCCGAUGGAACCCUCUCUAAGACCCCAUAUCCACACAACUGGGACAACAACAACAGUAAGCCUAGGUAUAGCAUUCUAGCUGACCCAAGCACACCUGACACUCCGGUAGCUAAAGACACAGACAGUCACAGUUAUGGACAUGGUGGGAGGGUGGGUAAGGUGCUGCCCAUGUGUAAGCAGAGCCCACCCCCACUGCAGCUAUACUCUACAGAACCACUCACAGACAAACAGGACUCCCCCAGUAAAAACAAAGAGAUAAAUCAGUGUCACGUGCACACGCCAACAGCAUACUCCAAGGACAACCUGGGGGUCAUGUCCCCACUAGCCAAGAAGAAGCUCCUCUCCCAAGUCUGUGAGACAAGUCAUUACUCAUUCAGUUCCCCUCAUCUUCCUCCUCCCACUCCAUCAGUCAGUGUGGGUGAUGUAAGCGACAGCUGCGUAGAGGAGGUGGUGAAACUGAGGCAGGACUCCAUCCCGGACAGCCCAGAGAUGGCUCCUGUCUUCAGGCCUUCUGUCAUCCAGCAUGCCCAAAGCGUCAAACCCCAGCAAGAGAGGAGUCCUCUGGGAGAUCUGUCUGAGCCUUUCACUUGCAGAGUGAGCCACUUCCAGCCCCGGCUCAACCCCCCCUGGCACCCCUACCUCCACAGGACUGAGCACCAGGAUGGAGUGGAGAAUGCAGGAGAGACACGGAUACAGCAGCACCCCAGUCAGGCACCACCAGGCUUUGCAGGCGACUGCUACUCCUCCCCUCACCUACACAACCUCUACCGGCAGACAGAGAACUGUCUGAGCCAAGAGCGAAUGGCCAAUUAUCCCAACAGAGACAAACAGGGACAUUUUAUCGGGGAAUGUCAGAGCAGCGAGGGCUUCAGCUUAAACAAUCCUGACAGAGAAGGGUUGACUUACAGAGCUCCCCACUUCUCUGAGAGGACACAAACACAUGGGGAUAGACCAUUGGACGAGGAACCCCGAGAUUUCAGUAUUUCCAAGCCUGUCACUCAAAGAAUGUCUUUCACAAAGCCCUCUUUCUGUGGCCUCCCAUAUCCCAUGAUGCAUCAGAGUUUAGACUAUCACCCCAAAGCAUGCAGAGUCCUCCCCAUGACAAUAUCUACCCCCAAACAAAGCCCAGACCCCCCUCAGCCCUUCUUCAACCCUAAAAGCCACGCUGAGACUGUCGGUGCCUCCAGACCCAGUAAGAGAAGCCUGGGGGAACUAGAGAACGAGGGGGUGCCAGACCGCAAGGUGCGAGUGGUGACCCCCAUGCACCCCGCCGGCUCUGUCCGCAGGGGCGACCCACAGGGGGAGGAGCUCAAACCAGCUGAACCGGCACACGCCAUCCACCUCCACAUUCCUGAGGGCAACACCUACCCUCCCCACACACCCUUCUACCCAGGGAUGUACCCCGGGAUGCAGGAUGCUCUCCAUCACAACCUCCAGUACCUGAAGAGCCAGACAGCUGUGUCCCCCCUGGUCCCUCCACUAGCCUUCCACUCCAUGAUGCUACAGAGGCAGCUGAUGGCCUCACAGCCCAGCCCUCAUCACUUCUACAGGCACCCUGGGGGGGCGGCCCUGUACGGGGACCUCCUGCACCACCUGUACCCCCUGUCCACCCUUACCCACCCACAGCUGUCCUCCAUGCACCCCAGCACCAGACUCUAACAGACAAACCCACAUGGAGCUUAACUGUCUACCUGGGACAGUGGAUCUAGUGUUCUAUUAUUCAGUAAGCAUGACAACACUGGUUAACUGUAGCUGGUGGAUUUAGUCAGGCACACAGUUACAUUUUUUUGUAUUUUUUGUUUGUUUUUGCACUGUGCUGUAUCACCACUUAAGUUACCUUGUCUCAAUUUGCACUCUGUAGUGUUUGUGUUCACCAACCAGGUCCUUUCUCUCCUGCUCAACAGUCAGGUUCUUACUAUCUUUAAGUGUGGAGGGACGGGAGACAGAGAAAAGCCAUUGGCAUGCAUGUCGGGGGAUAAUCAGAUUUGCUGGGUCUCCAAAGGGAUGGACUACAUCACUGCAAUGCAACAACCUCAUCCUCCAAAUGUGUUCUGGGGAUUUUAUCAGGUUGAAACACUAAAAAAAACAUGAGGGGCCUAUCUAAAAUAGACUCUUUACGCAAAGUUUGCCAUUGGAAAAGUUAAUGCAGCUGUUAAGCAUUAGGCUACUCCACCUUCAAUCAAGUUUUUAAUAUAUUUUUAGAGCUCUCUAGUGUGGUGCUUUGGCCUGUUUCUGUUCAUGUAUAAGUCAACUACACCUGUAUUCUUAGGAAUUACUGUGUUAAACCACGGUGCUGUACAAAACCACAAGGCCCUGAGGUAUUGUAUGUACAGUACCAGUCCAAAAUUUGGAUUCAACUACUCAUUCUAGGGUUUUUCUUUAUUUUUACUAUUUUCUACAUUGUAGAAUAAUAGUGAAGAUAUCAAAACUGUGAAAUAACACA